UACUCACCUGACGUCAGUUCAAAGACCUGGAAGAGCUUCCCGUUCGUUCAAUUCAACGUGCGUUGCGUUCACUGCCACCUAAAGAGUAUUCGCCAUUUACGUUUCAUGUUCGGAAAACGUUUGUAAAAUGGAUAUUCGGGAUUUAAAAGUAGUCGCUUUUGCUAGUAAGUAGAGCGAAAGUGUAAUUGAGGUGGAUUUUGAAUAAAGAAAAAAAGUCUUUUGAAUGAAAGUAGCGAAAAUCCAGUCAAAUGACCCAGCGCAUGAUGGGAAGUAAACUCAUCCUAGUGGUCACCACGCUUUGUUUUGGGUUUUACUUUUUGGCGUCGUGAUAGACAGAUGGGGCUUUUGUGUGAAAUGCGACGAGCGAACAACAUGACCUCCAGCGUCACGCGUCGAGCGGUGGGAGUUGUCUGCUGAAAAUGCAUUGUUGUCUUGGGGGGUGGGAGAGCGAGCCUGCUGCGGUUCUGCUCCAUCGAGCCAUUCUCACGAUUAUGAAUAGACUUGUAAAGCCGAAUUCUUGCUUGGAUCGGACAUCCACGACCUGGGCGAGACAUCAGGCGUAUUUAUGUCGGUUUUAGCAAGUGAACGCAACGCCGGAUUUGGAUGAGAACUCGGCGUACGGAAAGCGAGCUACUUAGCAGGCCGUUUCGUCAUUGCUUUGUACUGUACGGCAACCGAAGAGAGACGGAGCAGCAAGAUGAAGAAGAAAGCCCGGAGCCACCGAGUUUCGACGCCGGAGAGGCCUUCCUCGCCCAUCAAGCCUUCGCCCAAUAAACAGAUCCUGACGUACGCUCAGGCGCAACGCAUGGUAGAGUUCGAAUUAGACGGCCGCAUACACCGCCUCAGCGUUUUCGAUCGACUGGAGGUCAUCUCGGACAGCGACCCUGUGCUUCGGGAGAUGGAGUGCGCCAAAAACAAGGAGAACGCCGACAAACCGCAACAGCCGGUUCUGUUGCGGUCUGUACGAUUAAAAAACAACCGAGAAAAGAGGAAAGCCGCGUUUGGCGUCACCGCUCGGAAAGAAGGAAGCGACCAACCCGUUAGCGUUAUCCCUGUUCCUAAACUUCCCGAGCCGAAAUUCAAGAUCGUGGAGUACAACUUGCCGGCGGUUCCGAAACGACAUUCUUCUUAUUUUAAGUACGAGGAGAAAACGGAGGAAGACCUGGAUGAGGAAACAGAGUACGACAUGGACGAGGAAGAUUUAGCUUGGAUGGAUUUAGUCAACGAAAAGCGGCGAAGCGAAGGCGCCAGUCAGGUGUCGUUUAACGUCUUCGAGUUUCUUGUCGACCGUUUCGAGAAGGAACUCUACCUCGAAGGCUUGGAUAAAGGCAGCGAGAAGCAAGCGUCCGUGGACGAGGACACGGUUUGCUGCAUUUGCAUGGACGGCGAAUAUAACGACGGAAACGCCAUCCUUUUCUGCGACGUAUGCAACGUGGCGGUCCAUCAGGAGUGUUACGGCGUCCCUUACCUGCCUGAAGGUCAAUGGCUUUGCCGACAUUGUUUACAGUCGCCGGGGAAACCGGCUGUUUGCGUAUUAUGUCCUAACAAGGGCGGCGCGGUGAAAAAAACAGACGACGAUCGCUGGAGCCACGUGGUUUGCGCCCUUUGGGUUCCAGAGGUGGGCUUCGCCAAUGCGACCCUCAUCGAGCCCAUCGAUGGCGUCCGGGAUAUCCCGCCGGCUCGCUGGAAGCUCACUUGCUACCUCUGUAAAGAAAAGGGCAUCGGGGCGUGCAUCCAGUGCCACAAAGCUAACUGCUACACCGCCUUCCACGUCAGUUGCGCUCAAAAAGCAGGGCUUUUCAUGAAAAUGGAGCCCGUCAAAGACCUGACCGAGUCGGGGGAGCCCACCCUCACGCUUAAAAAGACCGCCUACUGUGGCGCGCACACGCCCUCCGGAUGCGUCAGGAGGAAACUGGCUAUCUACGAUCAAGUCAAAGCGAAGAAUGGGUUGUGUAGCCAAGUGGAGAGCGAUAAGAGUGAUGCUAAAUGUAAGCAGAAGAAGAAGGUGAAGAAACUUGAGCCAGAUGUUGCGAGUGAGACCUUGCCAACUCCCGCUGCUGUUCCUUCCUUUCCUGUUCAUAGGUUACAAACCAUUCUAAACCAGGUGUCGGUCCAAAAAAAGAAAGCCUUCGUGGAGCUGGUCUUGAAUUACUGGACUCUAAAACGACAGUCCAGGAACGGUCUCCCGUUGAUCCGGCGUCUACACACGAGCCUGCAAUCCCAGAAGAAUACGCAACCGAAGCAAACCGAGGAAGAAACACGGGCGCUGAAGGAACAGCUAAAGCAAUGGCAUCGGCUCCGGCACGAUCUGGAGCGAGCCCGACUUCUACUAGAGCUCAUUCGGAAGAGGGAGAAGCUCAAAAGAGAGGAGCUUAAGUUCCAAGAAAGCCUUCUUGAGAUGCAGCUAACUCCCUUCAGCAUUCUGUUAAGAGCCGUUUUGGACCAGUUACUGUUGAAAGACCAAGCUAGAAUCUUUACCCAGCCAGUUGACGUCAACGAGGUGCCGGACUACCUCGACCACAUCAAACGCCCUAUGGACUUCUCCACAAUGCGCCAGCGCGUGGACGCCCAGGAAUACAGCAACUUCGAGCAGUUCCAGGCUGACUUCGACCUCAUCGUCAACAACUGCAUGAAGUAUAAUUCCAAAGACACGUAUUUCUACCGGGCUGCCGUUCGCCUUCGCGAUCAGGGCGGUGCCGUGAUCCGGAAGGCGCGGAGGGACGCCGAGAAGAUCGGAUUCGACGCGGACAGCGGGAUGCAUCUGGAGGAGGCGCCCGAGUUGAAGACGACGGCUUUUUCGUGGGAAGACGUGGAUCGCUUACUCAAGCCCACCAAUCGAAACCAUUUGCCUCUUGAGAAGCAGCUGCAGCAACUUCUAGAGAAGUUUGACCUCACGUGCGCCAUGAAGUCCAGCCCGUCCCGCAGCAAACGCAUCAAGCUGCUGAAAAAGACCAUCAACGACGUGCGCAGCGACAUGAGCUUGAAGAGACUCCAGCCUAACAUCUCGUACUUUAAGCCUGAGGAGAAUUGGAAGCUGAAUGGACUGAAUUCCCAAGACGACGAAGAUAAGUCUCUCCCUCCUAAACUGGAGCCUUCCGACGCCAUUCCUCCUCUCGUCCACUCCGAGGCGGACCCUGAGCCCCCCACUCUCAAACCCGUUGACGCCACACCGGAUUGUGAUGAUAAAACUCCCGAUAAAGUCCCCAAAUUCGAUAGUACGCACUUAAAUGGCCGCUCCCUUAACAACCUCCAGAGUUCUUUAUUCGACGGUGACGUCCGAGUUGUUGCCACUUCCACACUAGCCGAACCGGCUGGCACCGUUAGCCGGCGGACCGCCGUUCUUUUCUGCAAAUCCAAAUCUCCGAGUCCCCGCAAGCCAAUGAGGGGCGACGGUCAAGAACUGGUUCAGCGUAAAGACGACGACGAGCAAGUCGGCAACGGCACCAGCACGCAAUUGGCGUCCAAAUCCUUCUUGUCAGUAGUCAUUCCCAGACUGGAGACGUUACUGCACAGCAAAAAGAGGAAACUUUUGGUAAGCCAGGAGGACCUUGAGGAGGAUGGAAAAGCUCCUAUAAAAAGACUUGACAUGGGGCUGCCGAGAAGUUUCCUGGACGUAGAGGAGGAGAAAGAACUUGGCCAGCCCAGCAGAGCUGCAGAACCGAGACGACGCUGCGCUUCCGAGUCUUCCAUCUCCUCGUGCAACAGUCUUCCUGGAGGCGCCGGAACUAUCCUAAGUCUUCCAAAGUGCGGGAAGGGGAAACCCGCCUUGUUGCGGAGAAACACUUCGGACGAUAAGAACGAGUUAAUCGCCUGCAUCGAAAACCGGAAUUUUGCCAAAGCCGCACGUAUCGCCGCAGAGGUUGGCAACAGCAAUAUUUGGAUGCCCGCUAGUGCUGCAACAGUUGCACUGGAACCCCUCAAGCUAGUUUGGGCCAAAUGUAGCGGAUACCCCUCCUAUCCUGCUUUGAUUCAGUCUUCCCAGCCUGGUGCAGGUCUACAAUUUUGUCUCUGGUGUCCUUCGACAGCUCUUUGGUCUUGGCCAUAGUGGCGUUUGGAGUGUGACUGACUGAGGUUGUGGACAGGUGUCUCUCAUACCGAUAAUGAGUUAAAACAGGUGCCAUUAAUACAGGUAACAAGUGGAGCCUCGUUAGACCUCAUUAGAGGAAGUUAAACCUCUUUGACAGCCAGAAAUCUUGCUUGUUUGUAGGUGACCAAAUACUUAUUUUCCACUCUAAUUUGGAAAUCUUUAAAAAUCAAACACUGUGAUUUUCUUUUUUUCCCCCCAACAUUCUGUCUCUCAUGGUUGAGGUUUACCCAUGUUGACAAUUAUAGGCCUCUCUAAUCUUUUCAAGUAGAACUUGCACGAUUGGUGGUUGACUAAAUACUUAUUUGCCCCAUUGUAUGUUAAUAAGUCAAUAAAAAUGAAAAAUAGUUGUCAUAUUUUAGUCAGAUUUGCAAAUCUGUAGUAAUGUGAGCUUUUUCUCAGGUAUAAACGCUUGCUGUUUCGCUAGCUUUAACUACGGACUAAGACGACAAUUUAAAUUAGGUAAAGAAAUUAGUAAAAUUCUAUUUGUUUUCUAAUAUGCAUAGCAAGGUUUCAAAUCAGUACUAAUGUUAGCUUUUUCUCAAGAAUAGAAGCGAGCUCUUGGCUAUUUUUUUUAAUUGCCUUCCAAGAAGCUACCUAACUUAUGUAAAUAUAUCAAUAAAAAUAUAAAAAUAAUUGUCCUAUUUUAUUCAUAUGUACAACAGGGUCAGGGUUGCAAAUCUGUAGUGACGUUAGCGUUUUUCAGGCGUAAAAAGCUAGCUAUUAAGCUAGCUGUACUCCAACAAACAUGGAAGCUUUUUCUGCUGACCGAGAAGACAAUUAAAGUAAAUUAAUUCAAGAAAAUAUUAAAAUUCUCUAUAGUCUUAAAAUAUACAUAACAAGGUUUCAAAUCCGUACAAAUGUUAGCCUUUUCGCAGGAGUAGAAGCUAGCUUUUUAGCCAGCUGUUACUAUGGACCAAGACAACAAACUUAGGAGUAAAAGCUCACGAAAGAGUUUUUACUGCUGACCAAGAGGACAAUUUAUGUAAAUUACCUCAAGAAAAUAUUCAAUUUCUAUAGUCUUAUUCUUAAAAUAUGCAUAACAAGGUAGCAAAUCCGUAUUAAUGUUAGCCUUUUCGCAUGAGGAGAAGCUAGCUUUUUAGCUAGCUGUUACUAUGGACCAAGAGAACAAACUUAGGAGUAAAAGCUGACCAAGAGGACAAUUUAUGUAAAUGACCUCAAGAAAAUAUUGAAAGUUUAUAGUCCUAUUCUUAAAAUAUGCAUGACAAGGUCACAAAUCCGUACUAAUGUUAGCCUUUUCGCUGGAGGAGAAGCUAGCUUUUCAGCUAGCUGUUACCAUGGACCAAGACAACAAACUUAGGAGUAAAAGCUAGCUGUUUAAUGAGCUUUGACUGCUGACCAAGAGGACAAUUUAUGUAAAUUACCUCAAGAAAAUAUUCAAAUUUUAUUGUCUUAUUCUUAAAAUAUGCAUAACAAAGUCGCAAAUCCAUACUAAUGUUAGAUUUUCGCAGGAGAUGUUAGCUUUUAGCUAGCUGUUACUUUUGACCAAGACAAAAAACUUAGGAGUAAAAGCUAGCUGUUUAGCGAGCUCUUACUUCUGACCAAGAGGACAAUUUAUGUAAAUUUCCUCAAGAAAACAUUAAAAUUCUAUCGUCUUAUUCUUAAAAUAUGCACAACACGGUCCCAAAUCUGUUCUAAUCUUAGCCUUUUCGCAGGAGUAGUAGCUAGCUCUUUAGCUAGCUUUUAUUUCCUAGCCAACUUGCUUAUGAAAAUAAGUUAAUAAAAAUAAAAAAAGUCUUAUUUUUAAGGCUGUCAAAUAUAUCGCGUAAACGGGCGGUCAUUAAUUUUUUUAAUCACUACCUUACGUUGUUAAAGACACGGUGGAAGAAUGGCAUGGAGCCCGAUGUGACGUCACUGCUCGGCGAUGUCAACAAUGACAAGCUAUUCGUUUAUUUUUUUGAUGGAAAAUUUUACAAAUUUUAUUAAAAUGAAAACAUUAAGAGGAGUUUUUAAUAUAAAAUUACUAUAACUUGUACUCAAAUUAUCUUUUGAGAACUACAAGUCUUUCUAUCUGUGGAUCCCUUUAACAGAAAGAAUGUUAAUGCCAUCUUGUGGAUUUAUUGUUAUACUAAUAGCAAAUCGGUACUAAUUUUAGCAUUUUCGCAGGAAUAGAAGCUCGCUGUUUAGCUAUCUUUUACCGCCUUCCAAGAAGCUAACCUAUGUAAAUAAGUCAAUAAAAAUAGAAAAUAUCUUAUUUUAGUCAUGCACAACAGUGUUGCUAAUCUGCUGUAAUAUUAGCUUUUUUUGAGGUGUAAAGACUAGAUGUUUAGCUAGCUGUUACUUCGGACAUUUUAUCCAAAUUAAGUAAAAAAAAAAAUUAAAUUCUAUAUGUUCUUAUCCUUAUAAAUAAUCUUUAUAAAAUGCUUAGCAACGUUGCAAAUCUGUUGUGUAUUGUUUGCGUUUUCUUAGGAAUAGAAGCUAGCUGUUGAGCUCACUUUUACAGCCUUCCAAGAAGCUAACUUAUGUAAAUAAGUAAAUAUAAACCAAAUAAAUCUUAAUUUAGUCAUACACCACAGGAUCGCAAAUCAGCAGUAAUGUUAGCUUUUUCUAGAAAGGAAUAGAAACUAGCUGUUGAGCUAACUUCUGCCUUUCAAGAAGCUAGCUAACUUAUUAGCUAUCUUCGUCAUGCACAACAGGGUUGCAAAUCUGUAGUGAUGUUAGCUUUUUCUUAAGUGUACAAUCUAGCUGUUUAGCUAGCUGUUCCUCUGGACUAAGACCCACAAUUUACCCAAAUUAGGCAAAAAAUAUUAAAUUCUAUCUGUUCUUAUCCUUAUAAAAUGCAUUACAAGGUUGAACAUUGGUACUAAUUUUACCAUUUUCGCAGGAAUAGAAGCUAGCUCGUUAGCUAGCUUUUACUUCCUUCCAAUAAGCUAACUUACCUUUGUAAAUAAGUCAAUAAAAACAAAAAAUAUCUUAUUUUAGUCACGCGCAACAGGGUUGCUAAUCAGUAGUAAUGUUAGCCUUUUCUCAGGAAUAGAAGCUUGCUUUUGAGCUAACUUUUACAGCCUUCCAAGAAGCUAACCUAUGUAAAUAAGUCAAUAAAAAUCAGCAAAUCUAUAUUAAUGUUAACUUUUUCUCAGGCGUAAAAAUGAGCUGUUUAGCUAGCCGUUACUACGCACUAAGACGAGAAUUUAUCCAAAUUAGGUAAAAAAAAAAAAAAAAAAAUUCUAUCUGUUCUUAUCCUUAUAAAAUGCAUAACAAGGUUGAACGCUGGUACUAAUUUUACCAUAUUCGCAGGAAUAGAAGCUAGCUCGUUAGCUAGCUUUUACUUCCUUUCAAGAAGCAUACUUACCUUUGUAAAUAAGUCAAUAAAAACAAAAAAUAACUUAUUUUAGUCACGCGCAACAGGGUUGCUAAUCAGUAGUAAUGUUAGCUUUUUCUCAGGAAUAGAAGCUAGCUUUUGAGCUAACUUUUACAGCCUUCCAAGAAGCUAACCUAUGUAAAUAAGUCAAUAAAAAUCAGCAAAUCUAUAUUAAUGUUAACUUUUUCUCAGGCGUAAAAACUAGCUGUUUAGCUAGCUGUUACUCCGCACUAAGACGACAAUUUAUCCAGGUAAAAAAAAUUAAAUUCUAUCUGUGCUUAUCCUUAUAAAAUGCGUAACAAAGUUGCAAAUCGGUACUAAUUUUAGCAUUUUCGCAGGAAUUGAAGAUAGCUUGUUAGCUAGCUGUUACUGCCUUUCAAGAAGCUAACUUACCAACGUAAAUAAGUCAAUAAAACAAAAAAAUAUCUUAAAAAAUAUUUUAGUCAUAAAAAACAGGGUUGCAAAUCUGUAGUGUUGUUAGCUUUUUCUCAGGAAUAGAAGCUAGCUGUUGAGCUAACUUUCCCUCCAAGAAGCUAACUUACUUAUACUAUAUAACUUAAUAUACUUUUAAAUAAGUAAAUAAAAGCAAUUGUUUUAUUUUAGUCAUUUGCACAGCAGGGUUGCAAAUCUGUAGUUAGCUUUUUACAGGAGUAAACUGUUACAACAAACCUAGCAGUAAAGCUAGCUGUUUAAAUACGUCACGAAACUGUUUUAGGGACAUAAAAUAUCCUCCAAUUCUGGAGUCAACAUCCAGCAUUUCCUCAUAUAGUCCUCUUGAUGGCAGCAUUUAACAGCUAGCCUCAGAUGUACCGGCCUUCACGAGCCCUAUGUCAAUUUC